AUGUCCGAGACUCCGCCUGUCGCUCAGGCAGCAGCCGCCGCUGCUCCCGAAAAACCUGCGGCUACAAAGAAGACCAAGAAGCCCGCCAAGACUGCAGCAGCUAAGAAGAAGCCCGCUGGCCCCUCAGUGUCCGAGCUCAUCGUGCAGGCGGUCUCCACCUCCAAGGAGCGCAGCGGCGUGUCCCUGGCCGCGCUCAAGAAGGCACUGGCGGCCGCCGGCUACGAUGUGGAGAAGAACAACAGCCGCAUCAAGCUGGGGCUCAAGAGCCUGGUGAGCAAGGGCACCCUGGUGCAGACCAAGGGCACCGGCGCUGCUGGCUCCUUCAAGAUCAACAAGAAGGCGGAGGCCAAGUCUAGCACCACCAAGGUGUCCGUGAAGUCGAAGGCGUCGGCGGCGGCUAAGAAACCAAAGAAGACUGCUGGGGCCGCGGCCAAGAAAACUGUGAAGACCCCGAAGAAGCCCAAGAAGCCUGCCGUCUCCAAGAAGCCUUCUAAGAGCCCAAAGAAGCCAAAGGUGGUGAAGGCCAAGAAGGUGGCCAAGAGCCCUGCCAAGGCAAAGGCCGUGAAACCCAAGGCUGCCAAGGCGAAGGUGACGAAGCCAAAGGCGGCAGCUAAGCCCAAGAAGGCUGCACCUAAGAAAAAGUGA